AUGUCAAGCUGGGAUAUAGAGGCUGUUGUUCAAUCCAUUGAAACGUUAUAUUCCACAAAUGAUCCAGAGAAAGUGAAAAGCAUCCAACACUCACUUCAGGAUUUACAGAAGUCUUCCGAUGGAUUGAAAUUGGCAGAAAUUUUGAUAAAUACGGAAAGUUCCAGUAAUUGUCAAUUCUUUGGUGCCUUGACUUAUACUGUAGUACUCAAUAGCAGUGAUCAGUUGACUAACGAAGAUGUGGACCAGUUUGUAGAAGUUCAAGGAGAUCACAUAUUAAGACUUGCUCAUAACUUGAGCCCAAAUUUGUUUAUUAUUCGUAAACUCCUCUCAAAUGUUUCAUUGGCAUUUAUUAAAUAUUCAAAUCAUUUUGAUAGCCCGAUGAAAUGGCUACUUCGAAUAAUAACUGGAGCAGUCGAUGAGGUUGCCGGGGAUUCUGCUGAACAAGUAGAAUUGUUAAAUACGCUUUCCAGAGAAUAUUUAUCCAUCUUGAUAUAUUUUUCUUCUAUUAUUGUAGAAGAUAUUUGCAAGUUGGAAUGUCCUAAUAGGAUUCAUGAGUUGGUCGUUAGUGGCCAAACUUUUGGAAUUACAGAAUCAAUCUUUAGAUUACUUGGUGGAAAUAUACCAAAUGGAUUGGAAGUAAUUGGCUUGGAUUGUAUAAAUUCCUGGGUAACUUACACUUCCUUAGCAGAGGAUACUUCCAUAGUGAGAUAUCCGAACUUUGAAGUGGAGGGAACUAAUACAACCCAUAGUGUGAUUUUGCUGUUUCUUUUCAAGCACUUCAACGUAAAUUUAGAUUCGGAUAUCAUUAAUAAGGCAAUACUUGUAGCCACAGAAAUUAUAGAGAUUAAUCCAAGACUUCUCAAUCAUGAAUCUAGGGAUUACCUAAAGUUGAGAAUGUUUGGACAAGAUGAGUUUGGCUCGAUGUACAUUCGUAACCUCAUAGAUGAGGGCUUCCAAGAGGAGCUAUUAACUUUGGUGAGUCUUUUCAUUGCAAUACUAAGAAAUGAUAUUUUGCAUUUAGCUAAAACAGUAGACACUGAUGAAACUCGCCAUAUUUUGUCUAUGUUGGUUGAACUCACCAAUGUUCCAGGUAUUCCAGUUGAAGAUGAACAGAUUUCUGACUUGACUUUGGAAUUUUGGGAAGAAUUGGCCAAUGUUUUCAUUGACGACGAAGAAACUUUCGAUGUUCUAUUUAGUAACAGGCUGAAAGAGGAGAAGCAAAGUUUCAUAUCUACGAGAAAUUCCAUAUUUGAAGAAAUAUGCUACAUAUAUUGGAAUAAGAUUCAUAUACCUUCAGACCCAGGCAUUUUCAAUUCAAUAAGAUCUGAGUUUCUACAUUACAGAAGUAACGUUUCUGACUUUUUUAUAGUGAUUUACUCCUUACUAAAGGAGCCCUUCUAUGAAAAGUUAACUGAUAACAUUUGCACAGAAAUUGCCAACAGGAACUUGAUAGAUUUGGAAAGUAGUCUAUUUCUUUUGUAUAAGGUAACUGAUGAUAUCCUGUACUUGGAAUCCCAAAGCUCAGUCUUGUUGAAAUAUAUCCAACGAAUCUUCAAUUCAGGGUUGCUACUGCUCAUAUCUAAUAGUUCAUAUAAUAAUUAUCACCUAUAUUCUACUGCUAUUAAUUUUUUAUCAAGUGUGCAAUUCUUUUUCAAGCAUGAAACUGGAACUGGAAGCUUGAGUGAAGUUUUCGACUUGUUGUUCAGGGUGCUUCUUCAUGACUCCAAAGGAUCUCUCUCCUUACAUUGCUCCAAGACUAUAUUGAAAAUUUGUCAGGAAUGUAGAGAAAAGUUGGUUGAUUUCUUGCCAAACUUAGAGCAAUUGCUUGUAGAAAUGUUGAGAAAUAAGGACUUAGAUAAUAUGAUAAGACAAAGGAUGGUCAAUAGUUAUACAUCGAUUGGUAGAUGUGUGAGAUAUGAAAAACAAUUUGGAGAAAUUGUGAAGAAUGAAUUAGUUGAAAUCAAUGACAGAGUGAAAUAUACCCUUCCCAUUCUGUUAUCUUCUGUUGAAGAUGAUAUGUUUGAUUACCUCCUUUCAUUACUUAGCUGCAUUGUGGAAAUGGGCAAAGCUUCUCAAAUUCCUAACGAAGUAGAUGAAUUUUUCACUCCAGAACAGCAACAAUUCACAACUUCAUACUGGAGGGAGGAUCCGUUGCAGGUCCAGUCGUUGAUUUUCUCAAUUAUUAAACAGUUUUCAUUCAGUUCUGAAAAGUUUGAUUCACUUGUAACUGAAAAAUGCUGUUUGAUAUUGAAAAGCGGACUUGGUGAAUCAAUUCCUGGUCCAUUCGUCUUCCCAUUGCCUACAAUACUCGAAUACGUCGUCAUGAAAGUGGAAAACUGUAUUGAGCCCAACUCUCCAUCAUCCCCUUCAUCAAUACCCUUUCUUUAUUCACUAAUUGAAAGUAUAGUCCUCACAUCUUCAUCCUCCCAGGAACUCUCUUCAGAGUUAAUGACAUCCUUACUUUUGUCUAUUUUCGAUUCUCAUUUCCAAUUUCUCCAAUCGGAUCCAGACUUGAUCCAAUGUUGCAUUUCAUUAUUCGCAACCAUACUAGAGAAGAAACCUUCUCUAAUUGUUCAUAAUCCCAACUUUUCCAAUUCAAUAAUUCCGUUCGCAUUGGAUGGACUCCUAGCAAAGGAACUCUUCGUACUCAAGGUCACCCUGAAGUUUUGGCUCACUUUGUUAACAUUGAAAAAGGGUAACAUGCAAGAUCAAACAACUGUCAAGAAUCUAAUGGUUGAAUCACCUGUAGGGCAAGUAUUUGUAUACAGCUUGAUCAAGUCUUUUAUAAAUUCAACAAGAUCAAACUUGGAUUGUUACUACCAGGUGUUCCGUAAUUUGAUCUCGAAAUAUCCAACUCAAUUUAAAACAUGGACAACUACUAGUUUCGAAAAGUUGCAGUUAGAAAAGGAGGGUAGGACUAUCGAAAAGGCUACUUCUGACAAAUUCAUCAGUAAGUUAGUCGUAUCUAGAGGCAUGAGAAGUGCUAACGACGUCUUGAAAAGCUUUUGGUUGGAAAGCAACGGAUUGAUUGAGUUUAACUCAAGAUCUUAUUGA